AUGUCUUUCCAAUUACCACAAUUACCUUAUGCUUAUAAUGCUCUUGAACCUCAUAUUAGUAAAGAAACUCUUGAAUUCCACCAUGACAAACACCAUGCUACUUAUGUUAAUAAGUUAAAUGGUCUUGUAAAAGGAACUGAACAAGAACAUAAAACUCUUGAAGAAUUAAUUAAACAAAAACCAACUCAAGCAAUUUAUAAUAAUGCUGCUCAAGCAUGGAACCAUGCAUUCUAUUGGAAAUGUAUGUGUGGAUGUGGAGUUAAACCAUCUGAACAAUUAACUGCUAAAUUAACUGCUGCUUUUGGAGGAUUAGAAGAAUUUAAGAAGAAGUUUACUGAAAAGGCAGUUGGACAUUUCGGAAGUGGAUGGUGUUGGUUGGUUGAACAUGAUGGUAAGUUAGAGAUUAUUGAUACCCAUGACGCUAUUAAUCCAAUGACCAAUGGAAUGAAACCAUUAUUAACUUGUGAUGUUUGGGAACACGCUUACUACAUUGAUACUAGAAACAACAGAGCUGCUUACUUAGAACACUGGUGGAACGUAGUUAACUGGAAGUUCGUUGAAGAACAACUCUAA